AUAAACGAAGCACAUUUUAUUCUCAGCGACAUGGCUCGUACUAAGCAGACCGCUCGUAAAUCUACCGGUGGGAAGGCUCCCCGGAAACAGUUAGCUACCAAAGCUGCUCGUAAAAGUGCGCCUGCAACGGGAGGAGUGAAGAAACCUCAUCGUUAUAGGCCUGGAACUGUAGCACUCAGAGAAAUUCGAAGAUACCAAAAAAGUACGGAACUCUUAAUCCGUAAAUUACCUUUCCAACGUCUCGUACGUGAAAUAGCUCAAGACUUCAAAACCGAUCUUCGUUUCCAAAGUUCUGCUGUGAUGGCUUUGCAAGAAGCCAGCGAAGCUUACCUUGUUGGACUUUUCGAGGAUACCAACUUGUGUGCUAUUCAUGCCAAACGAGUUACAAUCAUGCCAAAGGACAUCCAACUCGCUCGUCGUAUUCGUGGAGAAAGAGCUUAAGUUUUAAGGCGCUCCACCUUUUACACAACAAUCGGCCCUUUUCAGGGCCCCAUUUUUUUUAAAUCGAAGAACACUUUCGUGAUCAUUUUAUUAAAACUUCAAAUAUACUGUACUCAUAUCAUUAGAAACUAUAACUUCCACCUUUGAAAAAGAAUCAUAAAAGGUUCAAAAAGAUAUUUUUACCAUGAAAGUGAAAUCCUGAAUGUAUACUAUAAUACACUCAAUUUGGAAUUUAGUUCGAAGCUGCAGGGAGCCGAGAUUUUCUAAUACAAAGUAGAUCCUAAGUAUUCGGCAGAAUGUCUGAAACGAAUGUUCCGCAGCUACGUUGGUGCUGUUCUUUGUUCGUAGCUGUACAGUUUGCCUUGGAGCAAAAUCCCGAACAUGCCGAUAUUUGUCUGGUCGCUGUAAAAUACCGUGUUCAUUAUAAUAAAUUAAAUCACCAACGGCAACGUCUUCAGAGUAUUAAAUCUAUUCCGUAUUAUAUUCAGUAUUAAAAAUAAAAAGUUAUCCCGAAUUCAUAUGACAACAAUAUACACUAACGCAUAACCAACGCAUCCCCAAAUUUUACAUUUUUAUUUAUUGCACUAGUACACUAAUUAGAAUUUAACGAUUAUAGAUUUUGUGGCAUACAAUUCCUUAAACCUGUAGCGCCGAUUUUGUUCAGGUAUAAAAAAUAAAACUGUUAAAUUAACUUGUACAUGAACUUAUUGUUAGUUACGAAUUCGUAUAUUUUGGGAAGGUGUUGGAUUAUUACUAAUAAUAUAUGCGUCAGCUAGUACACAAAAAUGAAUUGUGUUAUACAGG